UUUCUCGGCCGUUGCCGGCCGGAGCCCGGAGGCAUAUGCUAAGGCUCUGCCGCCUACGCCUCCCUCGCUCGUCUCCUCUUCCUUCUCUCGUCUAUCUCCCCGCGAUCACCCGUCUCCAUAACUGAAGAUCCAAGCACCAGGUUCUAUCCGGCUUGGACCUUGACCAGAAGGGAAGGAUGAUAAAGACUACAGGGCUGCUAAUAUCCCAUUGAAGCCAAGGACCAAGGUAUGUUCUGACUCCGUGAUCGCCACAGCACCAGGGGGAAAAAAGGCAACAAAUUUACCAAAGAUGUGGAUGACAAAUAAGCUCGCCAUUACAGUUUCAAUCGCCGCCUUCUCUCUGGUGAUCGUGCGGUAUUGGAUAGUGAGCAGCCCACCUUCAGGGAUAUCUCGGUAUCAAAUCCUCGACGCCAAUCCCCUCGAAUGGUUCAAUAGGCCAGUGGAAGCAAAAGAAACCAUUCCAGGAGUAGCAGCAGCAGCAGCAGCAGCAGAUGCUUCAACUUCAAACAGCUCGGAUUUUGGGAGCUCCUCUCCCGAAGUGUUUCAGUGGCUAGACACAUGGAAUCAGAUGAAGCAGCUAUCCAACAUCACCAAUGGCCUUCCUCAUGCAAGCGAGGCGAUCAACGAUGGAAGAACUGCAUGGGAGAACUUGACAACAUCAGCUCACAAUGCAAGGUAUCAGCACAGAGAAAAAGAGAGGCUGUGCCCAUACUCGAUUCACAGAAUGGACGCUUCCAAGUCGGAGACUGAUUCUUUCACCAUUGAUGUACCUUGUGGGCUGAUUGUUGGUUCUUCGAUGACUCUUAUAGGCACUCCUGGAGUCCUCUCUGGUAACUUUUGGAUUGAUCUUGUCGGGACAGCACUUCCAGGGGAGUCUGAAAAGCCUACUGUACUUCAGUACAAUGUCCGUCUAAAUGGUGAUAAAAUUACUAAAGAUCCAGUCAUAGUGCAGAAUACAUUCACUGCGAACAAUGGCUGGGGGGUCGAGGAUCGCUGCCCCAGCACUAACUCUAACAAUGCAACCGAAGUGGACGAUUUGGAGAGAUGUAAUGCAAUGGUGGGCAGAGAAGGCAGGGACAUAAUGAACUCAAAACAUCAUACGGCUGCCAAGAAACAUGGAGAACCAAGCACAUAUUUUCCAUUUAAACAGGGGUAUCUUGCUAUUGCAACGCUCCGUGUAGGAUCGGAGGGGAUCCAUAUGACAGUUGAUGGAAAACACAUCACUUCAUUCGCAUAUAGAGCGGGUCUGGAACCUUGGUUUGUUACUGAAGUAAGAAUUUCUGGUGAUUUCAAACUUGUAAGUGCGAUUGCAAGCGGCUUGCCCACAUCAGAAGACUUGGAGAACUCUAAUAUUGAAAUGCUGAAGUCAUCACCUAUUCCAGCCGGCAAAGAUGUAGACCUUCUGAUUGGCAUAUUUUCAACAGCAAACAACUUCAAGCGCAGGAUGGUAAUUCGAAGGACAUGGAUGCAAUAUGAUGCUGUGCGCCAAGGAGCAGUAGCAGUACGGUUUUUUGUUGGCCUGCAUACGAACCUCAUGGUAAACGAAGAACUCUGGAACGAGGCACGCACAUAUGGUGACAUCCAGGUAUUGCCCUUCGUAGAUUACUACAGCCUGAUAACAUGGAAGACACUAGCAAUAUGCAUCUAUGGGGUAAACACUAUCAUCACAAAGUUACACUUCCCCAUUCCCUGCUUCUCGUGUUUCAUUGUGCUUAACUGUGUUUUGUGUGACCAGACCAGUACUGUAUCAGCCAAGUAUGUGAUGAAAACGGAUGAUGAUGCUUUUGUCCGCGUAGAUGAGAUCCGAUCCACAAUAAAACAGCUUAAUGUCAGCAAUGGGCUACUUUAUGGUCGCAUAAAUUCUGACUCAAGUCCCCACAGAAAUCCAGAAAGCAAAUGGUACAUAAGCCAAGAGGAGUGGCCUGAAGAGAAAUACCCACCAUGGGCUCACGGACCAGGAUAUGUGGUCUCCCAAGACAUUGCAAGGGAAAUCAACAGUUGGUAUAAAGCAAGCCAAUUAAAGAUGUUCAAACUAGAAGAUGUAGCAAUGGGCAUAUGGGUCAAUGAUCUGAAGAAGGAUGGAUUACCAGUAAAAUAUGAAACAGACACAAGAAUUAACACUGACGGUUGCAAUGAUGGGUACAUUGUUGCUCACUACCAAGAACCAAGAGAUAUGCUAUGCCUGUGGGAGAAGCUCCUAAGGACGCAUCAAGCACAGUGCUGCAAUACUGACUAACGGAGAAGGAAUUCUGAUUAUUUGAUAUAGUCAGGUUUACUUAUCAGGCCACUCACUAACUUUUUUAUGACGGCAAAGAAGUCUUAACAUCCUCCUCAUUUUCUGGUGCCCAACACUACUGUAAAUUAUCAAUUCAAUGAACCACACAGAUAAAAUUAGUCCGUCACAUCUCAGGUUAUCCUAAGUUUCCAGAGCAUCUU